UUAUUAAAAAAAAAAGAAAGAAAUAAUUCUCUCUGUAUUGUCAUAUAGUUAAGAGAGAGGAGAGAGAGAAAUCUGAUGAAAGAGCGAAAAACCACCAAACGGCUAUAAAUGGCGUUACAGAGUUUCUGCGCAGAGAGAGAGAGAGCGAGAUAGAGGGAGAACGAGACACUGAGACCUAAAACCCAGAAAGGGUUUGUGUGUAAUCCCCUUAAGAUCGCUGUUUAUUCGGUUUUUGCCUUACUGGAGUUUUAGGGCUCUGGUUGGUUUUUUGAGCGGUUGAUCUGGUUCCUAUGAUCUCAACAUUAACCCAGUUUCAAAGAAGAAAGAGAGUUCGAAACGAAGGUUUAUUAAUUGGGCAUUACAAUAAAUAAAUACACAUAUAUUAGAAUUAGUGAGAUUGGUGUUCAUCAUGUCUGAUGGUUAUUAUAGUUCGAAGAAGACGGACGAUAUUUGCGAGGAUGUUUGUGGCCAGGGACCUCGAGCGGCACUAAAUAUGUCCAGACUCCGGUGCAUUUUUAAUGGAUUUGAUUUGAAGACAUCUAUUUUCAUACUUGUGCUUAUCCCAACAUGUGUUUUUGGUAUAUAUUUACAUGGGCAGAAAAUAUCUUAUUUUCUAAGACCACUAUGGGAAUCUCCUCCUAGGCCUUUCCAUGAAAUCCCACACUACUACCAUGAAAACAUGUCAAUGGAGUCUCUUUGCAGACUUCAUGGAUGGGGAAUUCGGGAAUCUCCAAGGCGAGUCUAUGAUGCGGUUUUAUUCAGUAAUGAAGUGGACAUCCUUACAAUCAGAUGGAAUGAAUUGUAUCCAUAUGUGACACAGUUUGUGCUUCUUGAGUCAAACUCAACUUUCACUGGUUUGCCAAAGCCUUUAAUUUUCUCUGGAAACAGGGACAAAUUUAAGUUUAUUGAGCCUCGGCUUACUUAUGGUAUGUUGGGGGGAAGGUUUCAUAGAGGCGAAAACCCUUUUGUGGAGGAGGCAUAUCAGAGAGUAGCAUUGGAUCAGCUUCUCAGAAUAGCAGGCAUAGAAGAGGAUGAUUUACUUAUAAUGUCUGAUGUUGAUGAGAUUCCUAGUGCUCACACAAUCAACCUAUUGAGGUGGUGUGAUGAUAUACCGCCUGUUCUUCAUCUGCAGCUGAAAAACUACUUGUAUUCGUUCGAGUUUUUCUUGGAUAACAAGAGCUGGCGAGCUUCAGUUCACAGGUAUAAAAGCAAAACCAAAUAUGCACACUACCGACAGACAGAUAUUCUCUUGUCUGAUGCAGGUUGGCAUUGUAGUUUCUGCUUCCGUCGUAUUAGUGAAUUCAUAUUUAAGAUGAAAGCAUACAGCCAUUAUGAUAGAGUGAGAUUCUCUCAUUACUUAGACCCCAAAAGGAUUCAAGAAGUGAUAUGCAAAGGUGCUGAUUUGUUUGACAUGUUACCUGAGGAAUAUACAUUUAAAGAUAUUAUUGGCAAGUUAGGGCCUAUUCCUAGAUCCUAUUCUGGGGUUCAUCUUCCAGCUUUCUUGUUGAACAAUGCUGAUAGUUACAGAUACCUUUUGCCUGGUAACUGCAGAAGAGAGAGUGGCUGAGUUGAGUUGCAUUUGUAGAUUGGCUGAAGCUGUUAAAUGGAAAAUGUAGAUUGACAAUGAAGAGGACUAUAUUUGAAGGGUUCACAAUGAUGAUGAUGAUGAUGUAUAACCGUACAAAUAUAUACCUUACAUUCCAACAGAAUCUUAGGUCAUCUUUAGUGCAUAGUGAGAAGCUGGAAAAAGAACUUGAUGGGGUCUUGGAAUUUUUAGGAAGAUUUAUUAUAUAUUACUCCUUUUUCCUUGGCUUGAGAUUUCUUUCUUCCAGCUCGGAUGGGGCAAUAAUCAAAAUCUUCAUAUUUGAGGGUGGUGGUGUUUUUUUGAGUGAGUAAGAUAGCUUAGCUUUUCACUGCUUUAUCAAGCUAAUGUACCCACUUCUUGUUGGUAUGUGACAUAAAUCCCCAAUAUGCAUGACUAGAAUGACCUUUCCCAAGAUUUUCUAUAAUGGGAAUUUUGUUUUUCAGACUUAUUUGUUAGUAAGUAUUAUUAUUAAUAUAUUCUUUUUACAA